AUGGCGGCGGCGGCGACGACGACGACGGAUGAGAGAUCACCGGAGCAGCAACCGGAAGAGAACCCACCACCUCCGCAAUCUGCCGAGAAUCCGCCUUUUCCCCAACCCUCUGAAACCCUAAGUCUAAAUGAUGUCCCCGACUCACAAGACAACGACGAUUCAAAUCAAGAAGAUUUAACAGGCGCAGCGCCCGCGAUUUCUUUCUCGCCCACAUCGGCCACCUCUGCCCGCCGCGGUGGCGGCGGUUCAAAGCGGAACAAGAGCAAGCGAAUAAUUGCGUCUAGGUUGAAGAAAAUUCAGAAGAAGCUCGAGGCUCUCAACGAAAACCUCAAACUCAUUCCCUUCAAGCCGGCGAAAGAUCUCGACUUCGAUUCUCACGAGGGGCUUCUCAAGCGGCUGGGCCUGUGGGAUUUCGUGAAGCUCCAGUUCGACCCCAACAUCCGCACCGAUCUCGUGGCGCAGUUGAUCGCCAGUUACGAUCCGCAGCAGCGCGGUAGCUACGUCAACGAGGUCCGGGUCAAGGUCAACCGCGCCGAUUUGGCUCGCGCGCUCAAGCUGCCGACCAAGAAGGAGAAGGUUUCAUCCUCGUCGGAGAGUUCUGCGGCGGCAGGGGAGGUGAAAGAGGGUGAAGAAGCUAUUGCGUUCGUUGACGAGCUGGUCUCGACUUGGAUGCUGUUGCACGACGACGAUACGUGGUUGAUGCCGGUGGAGAUUCACAAUAUGAUCAGGACGAUUAAAGAUGGCAACUUUGAGAGAAUGGAUUGGGCUGGGUUGAUUUGGUAUAUGGUUGAGAAGGAGCUGUCGGCUGCUCCCAAUCUAGGUAAUUGUUACUACGCCUCGCACUUGCAGUGUUUGAUAAAAUCCCAGAAAGAAAAUAUGUUGAAGGAAGACGAUGCUUGUUCUAGAAAGGAGCUUGAGUUUAAGGAAGAUAUGAUACAAGAGGAAGAGGAGGAAGAAGAGGAAGUGUCGGUGAAACCAAGCGAGGAAGUGCAGCAUGUGGUGGUGGUGGUGGCGAAGUCAGGAGAGGAGGAGGCGUCGGUGAAACCAAACGAUGAAGUGCAGCAUGUUGUGGUGGUGGCAAAGUCAGAAGAGGGCAGCAUUCAGUUGAGCUUGGGAGGUUUGGAUAAUGCUGCCGCUGGGGAAGAUGGUGAAGCUAAAGCUGAAAAGGCCGGCAAUGAGGAUGCUGUGCCCCAGCAACAAGAACAGGAGGCAAUGGUUUUUGAGGAGAGUAAAGUGGUAGUUGAAGAAGAACAGGGGCAGUGGUUGAAUAGCAGUGUGAAUGAGAAUUUUCUACAGCAUUGCAGCAAUAUGAAAGCCGAUGAUGACAUGGAAUGUGAAGUGGAGAGGAAGCAAGAAGUGGAAGUAGAUGAUGAUGCAAUGAAAGAGCUAGAGCAAGGAGAAGAGGUUGAUGUUGAGGAGCCAGUUGAAGAAAUGGAUUUCGACUGCACAUCCCAAGAGCAUGAUGCAAUGGGCGGUUUAGCUUCCGAGAACCUUCUCGGAUCUAUGGAAUUAGCACAAGAUCCCCUCACUUCAGAUAUGCAGCAGCUUCAUGCUGACCUCUCUUCGGGGGAAUUUCUUGCAGCAUCUAGGAUUGACAUCGAGGCUAACCCUGGCAAUUCCUCACAUUUUGGUACUGGGAAUGAUCUUAAGAGGGACAUUGCGCAUCUUGAUGAUGAAGAUGAUGAUGAUGACGACGAUAAUGAUAUCCCUCAUCAUGCAUUUGAUAAGAGAAUGAGGACUGAUGAUGCGCCAUGGGAGGGGAAGACUUCCUCGGAAACUGGCAUGUUGAUUGGACAAAUGCAACAUUGGUUGGAAAAGCUGAGGGUUGCCCAAAUGGAAAAAGACCAGUUGUAUCAGGAGCAGAGUUUAAACCAGCAGAUGUUACUUAAUGAGUUGCAAAGUCGUGAUGACACAAUCCAGCACCUUCAUAAGUUGAGGUAUGAGGAGCAACAGAAGAGCCAGAUUGAAGUUUACAAGCUCGAACGUGAAUUGUGUAUGAUGGGCAAUCUCUUGGAAGGGUAUAGAAGGGCUUUGAAGGAGACGCAUAAAGCAUUUUCUGAAUACAGAGCGAAAUUCCCAUCACACGAAGAACCACUCUACAAGGAUGCUGGCCCUGGUGGUCUUGUUCUGACUGCUGCAGAAUUGAAGAAGCAAAGAUUGAGGGAAGAGGAAGAAGAAAGGUUGGCACGUUUGUUUAUUGAGAAGAAGCUUAAAGAAUUUGAGGAGGAAUGGGUUGGCAAGUUUGAAGGAUACAAAGACGGGAUUGAACUGUUGGGAGAUAGGUUGUUGGGUGGCGAGAAGAAUGUCAAGCUUUUGAUGGAAAUGCAUUUGAAGAAGCAGAAGCCCCCUCAGAUUUCUGAAUCUACUCCUACCGAGUAG